CUUGUUCGUCGCCGAGGAGGAGGAUGCUUCUGAGAAGUGAACAAACAUUGUUUUGAGACAGUUUGAGGACAUUUUCCUCACAUUUCAUUUAUUUAUUCAUUCCACCAUUUAUUUAUAUACACUCAGUCGAAGCACUGGCGUUGUGACGUUACCUGUCCGGGUCAGUCAACCUGAAGAUCACUGGGCCCACAGGCAUCAGGUGCCUUUGUCCUGUGGGACUGCCGAUCAUGAUCCGUCUGCCUUCUUCAGGACCUGCCCCAGAGGCGAGGACCUGAGGCUAGAACGGCCCUUCUGAAGUGAGGACAGACGGUCCAAUGACGAGGCUUGUUGCCCGUCGCUGCAAGCUCGCUCGACGUCGGUGGGAGUACCCCCUGCGCGGGUCCCUUUUGCAGUGCGCAUCCAGUAGUUGGAGUUGUUGCACAGCGCGAGAAGAGUGAGGGAGAGGAGAGUGAGAGAGAGGAGCAGCUGAGUGAGCAAACACACACACACACACACACACACACAGAGAGAGAGACAUCAGGGUGGUUAUCAUCCGAGACUUAUCAGACAACGACCUGUCACUUUUUCCUUUUUUCACACCCGCUUCGAGCCGUUCUUCUAGAAGAGGCGCAGGAGGAGGAAGAGGAGGAGGAGGAGGAGGAGAAGAAGAAGAGGAAGAAGAAGAAGAGGAGCCCUGCUGUGGUCUGCUCAGCAGCCUGUGAGAGAAGAACUCCCGAACGCGGUCGUCUCAGCUGGUAUGAGCUAACCCACCGGGCGGACAUGGAAACCAAACCGUUCCUGUCACUGGGGUUCCUGAAGCCCCAGUGCUCGUUGGCUCCUCCCAUGCAGCGGGGUCGCUCGGGCGACGCUUGUUCCUGCUUCAGUGGCGUGUGUCCGCUCCAUCAGCGUCGCAUAUCCACAGACUCUUCAGGCCACAUGACGUCCUCGCCCCUGGGCUCGCCCACGUCCCACCGGGGGAUGCACCCGUCCCUGCUCAGCCCCACGUCCAUGGGCCCCUCCGGCUCGCUGCACUCGCCCAUCAGCUCGCUGAGCUCGUCCAUGAACGGCAUGGGCUCGCCCUUCUCCGUCAUCAGCUCGCCCAUGGGCCCGCACUCGAUGAACUCGCCGGGCAUGGGCUACGGCCCCAGCGUCAGCCCCCAGUUCUCGAAGGGAAGUCUGCUCUACGAGACGAAGGCGCCGUUGCGGGGAGAGAGGAUUGUCGAGGGGUUUCCCAAGACGAUGGGACUGUACACACAGCUGGCAUACCACCCCGUGGAAGGGUCACAUCUGAACUCGCCGAUGAACUCGGUCAGCAGCUCGGAGGACAUCAAGCCGCCGCUGGGUCUCAACGGCGUGAUGAAGGUGCCCGCCCAGCCCUCGGGCACGGUUCUGUCGCUCACCAAACACAUCUGUGCCAUCUGCGGCGACCGCUCCUCAGGUAAACACUACGGGGUGUACAGCUGCGAGGGCUGCAAGGGUUUCUUCAAGAGGACGGUGCGCAAGGACCUGACGUACACCUGCCGCGACAACAAGGACUGUGUCAUCGACAAGCGCCAGAGGAACCGCUGCCAGUACUGCCGCUACCAGAAGUGUUUAGCCAUGGGCAUGAAGAGAGAAGUUUUGUUACAUGCAGCCGUUCAGGAGGAGCGGCAGCGGUCCAGGGAAAAAAUGGAGAACGAGGUGGAGUCCACCACCUGCGCCAACGAGGACAUGCCCGUGGAGAAGAUCCUGGAGGCCGAGCAGGCGGUGGAGCCCAAAACGGAGACCUACAUUGAGACCAACCUCGGCGCGCCAUCCAACUCGCCCAACGACCCGGUGACGAAUAUCUGUCAAGCGGCUGACAAGCAGCUCUUCACCCUGGUGGAGUGGGCCAAGAGGAUCCCCCAUUUCUCCGAGCUGCCGCUGGACGACCAGGUCAUCCUCCUACGAGCAGGUUGGAAUGAGCUCCUCAUUGCGUCAUUUUCGCAUCGCUCGAUAUCGGUGAAAGACGGGAUCCUGCUGGCGACCGGGCUGCACGUGCACCGCAACAGCGCCCACAGCGCCGGCGUGGGCGCCAUCUUUGACAGAGUGCUCACAGAACUGGUGUCCAAGAUGAGGGACAUGCAGAUGGACAAGACGGAGCUCGGCUGCCUUCGAGCGAUCGUCCUCUUCAACCCAGACUCUAAAGGUUUGUCCAACCCAGGUGAGGUCGAAGCCCUGAGAGAGAAGGUCUACGCGUCUCUGGAGGCCUACUGCAAACAGAAGUACCCCGAGCAGCCCGGCAGGUUCGCCAAGCUGUUGCUGCGGUUACCGGCGCUGCGCUCCAUCGGCCUCAAGUGUCUGGAGCACCUGUUCUUCUUCAAGCUCAUCGGCGACACGCCCAUCGACACCUUCCUCAUGGAGAUGCUAGAAGCACCGCAUCAGAUGACAUAAUGGCCCCUCCCCCCCCUGCGUCUCCCACCACCCUCCCUGGAUCAGGAGCGUUGGAGUCCCAUCUCCAGCAAAAGGGACAAUAUCACCGUGACGAUAUUUGGGGAUUCUGGAGGAACCUCGAAAAACCACGAACGUCUGUUUUAUACCUUGUAAAAAUAUAUAAAUAAGAAAUAUAUAUAAAUAUAUAUAUAUAUAUAUAUAUAUAUAUGAAAAUCACGCGACGGCACGAGCGACAACAGUGGACCGGAGUGUGGACACGAGAAAAGGUAUCGAGCCAUCGCUCGCGGCGCCUCGGUGAGGAGGAAGAUCCCACAUCACACACCCGGGUGUAUUUAGAGAUGAUGUCACAUUUGGAAACUCGGCGUUUCGUGAUCGGGACAAUCGUGGACUCGGGGCCUCGGGGGGCCGACUGGACUUGGACCUGAGCCCUCUCUCGUCUUUCAGGACUGAACUUUCUUCGGGGGAGGGGGGCGGUGUGUGUGUGUGUGUGUGUGGGGGGGGGGGGGGCGACUUCAAGGAACCCGACUGUUCCCGCCGGACUCGACUCAACACAUAAGGUCUUGCACUAGCUGUUGUCAUUUUUUUUGUUUUGUUUGUUUGUUUUGAAGAGUGGAGGAGAAACUGGGAGGUCGACAAGUGUUCAAAAAGAACAACAACAGCAGCCUCAGGUCUCUUUCCCCGAUCCCAACCAGGACAACCACCUCUGUUCGCACUGUGCAUCACCAACCAGUGGAGGGUCGGUCGGUAAAGAUUUAGUUUGAGCAGAGUUUGUCGUGUACAAUCUGUUCUUUCUGGAGGCUCUGGUGAAGUCAGCCUCUCCGGCCGGGUGCAGUCACCUGGGUACACAACUUUUGCCAUCAUCCCGAUUCGCAACCUCUUUUUGCGUCCGUCGGAGUCUCGCAGCUGAUCGCGAGCGAGCUCGUCCCCUCGUCCGAACCUCCGUUUUCAUGGAACCAAUCACACGUCCACGCUCUUCAGAAACCCCCUCCUCUCCUGGGAACCCCAUAUUUUCCUGUACCGAAACUUACGACCGUGCACAGUAUUGACAUUAUUUUUCAUUCAAAAAACAACAACACACAAUUACCUCUGUUUUCCAGCCUCAGUUGUUCAUACGCUCAUUUAACCAUUUCACAGAAGCGAGAGAGAGACAGAGAGGGGGGGGGGGGGGGGGGGGGGGGGGGGUGAGAGAGACGUGUGUGUCAUUUUUCUUUUUGUUUCGUUUUGUUUGUUUGUUUCUUUACGUGGCACUUAACCUCACGACUGCGGACUCGGGUUCCCAAACGAGGAGCUGCUGCUGCUGCUGUUGAUGUAAUCGACCUCUGCGGUGGAAUGCGGCCCCCCGGGGGCCCAAAUCAGGAACGCCCCCACCCUCCGUCCCUCCCCCCUCAGAGGGACACGCACAGUCGCUCUCCUCUCUGCACUUGUCUGGACGACCAAGUGUCAAUCAAGUCGAACUGAAAUAUGAAAUGUUUCCCGCAUCGUGUAUAAAUAUGCUUUACGCCCACAAUCUGCUUUUUUUUUUUUUCUUCUUUCCUUACUCUUCUUCUUUUCUCUAAAUGCUGCGGCUGCUGCAAAUCUAUGCAUCGAGCGCAUUUUUCAAAGACCGUCCGAAGAGCGGCGUUAGCAGAAAUCUAACUUGGGUCAUUGUCCUCGCUCUUCAGAUAUUCAAUAACACGACAACCUUGUUCAGAAGAAAAGCAGCGAUCAACCGUCAGUUCAAAGUGUUUUUACGGGACAGUGGAGUUUUUAAGCUUUAGUCGUUCAGAUCACAGCGGUGACGUUAAAGGACUAGAAAGAGAAUCCAGAUUUCUUUUCCCACCAGCGUCUCGACGUUUGCCACUUUUUCCCCCCCUCAUCUGUUAAAGGUUCAAGUGAGAGUACGGAGUCGUAUUUUUUUUCAUCAUUUAAUCUAUUAGAUUUGCAUUAAAAAGCAAAAUAAGAUAAUUCGAUUUGUGGAUCAAAGAUUCCAUUUUUUUUCUCUUUUUAAAGGCCUGUUAAUCUUUUUUCUUCUCGUCAGUAUUCCAUGUGCCCGAUACGGUCUCUCAAGUUCUGUUCAACCCUUUUUUUUACAUGUACAGUUCCCGUUUUGUUUUGUUUAUGGGUUUCGCUUAAAACAUUUAAAGCGUCACUCAAAUGUGAAACGUGUGGCCGUUUUUUAUUUCUUAUUUGUCAACCUCAUAGUUAAAAAAAUAAGUAAUAGAUCUGGUGCCACCAUCAGGACUCCAUAGCACGGCUGACACUCUGGGCCGGCUUCACAGGCAGUACAUCACCACCUUUGACGAACGGACGAUUUAUGAAUUAUAUUUAAAAAUUAAAAACAGAAGAGCUAAGACCCGGGUUCAGAUGGCAGCUUCGAAAUGUCAGAUACUGUGAACUUGAACAGGAUUCACACAUUUUACUUUUUUUCAGUCUCCGGGCAGUUUGGACCUGAGAGGAGGGAGAGAUGUGACAGCUGUGAGCUCCCUCUGGUGGAAGAGAAGCAGCGCUGCGACAUUACUUGAAUUCUUUUUCUUCUUCUUCUUUCUACAAGUUAGUCAGUCGAGACAACAAGACGGCACUUUCUCGCAGUGUUAUUAUUAUUAUUAUUAUUAACAUCUUCAAUGUUUUUUUGGAUCAUCGGACAAAACCUCAGCGUCGGAGCUCGUUUUAAAAAGAAAAAGUAGCAAUAACUUCACUUUGAACUAUUGGCUGGUUGUUUUUUGGGGGUUGGCCUGUUAUGAACGAACUAUCCAGGUGACAGUAUUGACUGCCAGCGUGAUGAGCUCAGUUUACAGUAUUUAUAUUCUGGAUUAUUGUUUUUUGUUUUUGUUUUGUUAAAUAGAAAAUUCAAGCAUUGUGGUAAAGAGCUUUUUUCUUCUUUUUUUUCUGACACCGUGGCUAGAUUUAUUCUUUUAGAGGAAAGAUGAUUUUAAUCAGGAAAAGAAAAGAAAGAUAGUUUUGUUUUUCUCUUUUAAUUGUGACAUUGUCUCCUGCUCUUCUUGUACUGUGAUUGGUUACCGCAGGUAUCUUAAGCCAUAAAGUGGGAGGAGCUCACUCCUUCGCAGGAAAAACCGGGGAACCGACGGACGAGGACGAGGAUCAAGAGACGAUCACCCGCGUAGAAUGAUUAACCCUUACAUGAACGCUUUAUAACAUAAAGCUCUAUUUUGUUAAUAUGUAUAUGUGUAUAUAUUUAUAAAUAUAUUAUCAACACGUCGGGUGUUGAUUGAAAGAUUUGAGGGGGGGCAACGAGUCUUUCGGACCGAACUGCUCCGCAGUUUUACGGAAUUUUUCUUUUCGUUUUUCUUUCACGAAUAUCCGAAAAGAGGUUGGUUUUUUUCGCAUCUCGACAAAAAUCUUACAACAACCAGCAGUUUGUGGGACGUCACAAAAACAACGAUGAAAGAGAGAAAACAAAAAAAGGUUCAAGUCUUUAAAGCCCUCCGACACGUUGUGUUGUCGCUUUGGCAAAUCUAUGUUGGAGAAGUGUGUAAUCAGGAGGAGCCGAGCUCGAGACACAAUCACCGCUUUCUUUGUUGCAUAGACGGUAAAAAAAAAUGUUCAAGUUGAAAAUGAAAAAGAAAAAAAACAAAGAUCUAUUUUUGUACAAAGGUAAUUUUAUCCCUCGCUUCUGUCCUCUGCCUCUUCUCUUCUGUGGGCCGUUGUGUACGUUGUGGAAAAGCUUAACUCGACGUGGCAAGAGGAACUUUUUUUGGCCCUCGGUAACUGUGUGGCCUUUUUACGUCGCCAUUUUGGAUCUGUCCGCUGCGAGACAGGAAAUGUUCUUUCUUUCAUUUAUAUUUUUGUCUACUUUUAAAGGGCGGUGGAAUUUUGUCAUCAUGUUCUUUGUGGGUUUGUUCUCUGAUGUUCUGUCAUGGGACUGAAAAAAAGUUAUUAAAUAAAAAUAAAAAACUUUAAAAGUGA